AUGGAACCAAGUGAAGAAAUUCAGACCGUGGAAAACCCAGAGAUUAUCAACAAAUACCAAAUGGUGGCUGAGGUUUCGAAUCAAGUUAGAUCAACACAUUUCUCAGCUCCUUAUUCAAUGUUUCACUUAUUAGAAGACAUAAAAGGGGUGGUGAUAUCACAGAAUUUAUGUGUGCUCAGAAAAUUGAUUGAAUCCGCAGUUGAUGGGGCAAGCAUACUGGAUCUCUGUACAUUGGGCGACAAAUUGAUCGAAGAGGGCGUAAAGGUGCUUUAUGCCAAAAAUAAGAAUAUUUCAAAAGGCAUCGCUUUUCCCACCUGCGUUUCCGUCAAUCAUAUUAUCUGCCAUUUUUCCCCACUGCCGUCUGAUCAAGAAGGUUCUGAAACGCUAAAAAAUGGCGACUUGGCGAAAAUUGAAUUGGGCGCGCAGAUUGAUGGUUACGCCGCUAUCGUGGCCACCACCAUUGUCGUUGGUGCAUCAAAGGAAAAUCCGGUCAAGGGUCGUUUAGCCGAUGUCUUGACCGCCGCCUAUUUGGCAUCUGAAGCUGCCAUGAGAUUGACCAAACCUGGAUUGAACAAUAUGGAAGUGACUGAGACGAUACAAAAGAUCGCAAAAUCGUAUGAGACAAAUCCUGUGGAGGGGAUGUUAUCGUACCAACAAAAUAGAAACGACAUUGAGGGUGAUAAGCAAAUAAUUCUCAAUCCGAGUGAUCAGCAAAAACGAGAAUUUCAAAGCGUAACGUUUGAAGAGAAUGAAGUAUAUGGUAUUGAUAUAUUAGUCUCGACCGGAGAAGGCAAGCCAAAGCCAUCAUCCGCACGUACGACCGUUUAUAGGAAGACGAAUAAGACGUACUCACUAAAAAUCAAGACUUCUCGAGCCGUCUUCGCCGAAAUCAGUCAGAAAUUUGGCUCGUUUCCUUUUCCGCUAAGAGCAUUAGGGGAUGAGAAAAAAGCGAGGAUGGGAAUAGUUGAAUGUUCCAAACAUGGUUUGGUAACACCGUACGAUGUGUACCAGGAAAAAGAGGGCGAGUUCGUGGCACAAUUCUUCAAUACUAUUCUCCUGACUAAGAACGGUACAAUUAAGAUUACCAAUAUUCCUUUCGAUCCAGAAAUCGUACAAAGUGACAAGAAAAUAGAGGAUGAAAAGAUUUUGGAAUUGCUGUCUACUAACAUACGACCAACAAAGAAAAAAAAUAAGAAAAAACAAGCAGGCGAUAAGGAUUCUGAGGAAAAAGGAAAAGAUACUGCUGUAGUAGCAGAGAACGCAAAAGAAUAA